CGUGACUCAUAUGCCAGGGACCCCAUCGAGGAGUCCCGCUCGCUCACCGCUUGGGAUGGAUGACCGUCAUGGAAUUGGCCAAUCGCCUCAAUUUGGUCGCCUUGGGGGAAGCAAGCGCCCUGGAGCUUUUGAUACUCCCACGACGUCGGCUCCAGUGCGCUCUAGUUCGACGGACUUUUGGACCGCGGAUGACUAUAAGGCAUUCGGAGAUGCGUUAGCUAGUGCAUUGGUAUCGAUAUCUGCUCCGAGCUCACCAGUCAAUCGAUGUGCUCCUCCAUCCGCCGAGUUGGACUCAUUCCCCAAGGUAUCAAUCUCACCAAUGGUGGAUGACAAUCUCGCUACGCACUUUUCGAAGGACGACGAAAGUGUCAUACCGGGGAUAAGUGAACACAAUAACGAACCUGUGCUUUUUGAUAUCCCCCUUAAUCUUCAAUUGGGGAGUCGUGAUGAUUCUAUAUUGGGAUCUGAUAUCCGACCCCGGUUAGUUGCAGCAUCGGCACCAGUAUCCCCUAUACACGGAUCGUCUGGCCGUCGUAAUAGGAAACAGCAGCAACUUUUAAGGCAUAGACUGACAGUAGGAGAUUCAAAUGAAGGGACCAAAAUUGAUGUAAGCAAGCAGCUAUUGAAGACUCGAGUAUGUAAACUAUAUUUGGAAGGAAAAUGCAGAUACGGCAAGAAGUGUUAUUUCGCUCAUAACGCGGAUGAGUUGAGGGAACCACCGAAUUUGAGGAAGACGACCCUCUGUCGAUUGUAUGCUCAAGGGAAAUGCACACUAGGUGACGAUUGCAAAUAUGCACAUGGACCGAAGGAGCUUCGAGCCACUGAAGGUGUCUAUAAAAGUGUUGUCUGCAAUUGGUGGAAGCAAGGUCACUGUCAGUACGGCUCGAGAUGCCGGUUUGCCCAUGGAGAACACGAGCUUUGCAUAACCAAUUCUAAUACUCCGGUUACCUCACGAGAAUCUUCGCCUAAAAGAGGGGACUAUCGUCAUACUCAAAGCGAGCAGAUACCGUUGAAUAUCAACAACGAUGGGGGAUUGAUUCCCAUCCCAUUGGAAACUCACGUCUCCAAUCGACCAACUACUGCUAUUCCAACCAGACGGCUGGUUGGGUGCAAUAACUAUUGUAUGGAUGAUGGUGACAUGCAGUUGGUCAACGCAUUAGUAUCACCAGUGCGCAGUAGGGAGACCAGAAAGAUGGCUCAGCAGGAUGGUCCUUCAAUAAUUCCUCUUCCUCGGGCCUCUCCAAUGGAUGAUUACCCUCUAUAUGCUAAUCGUAGCCAAUGCUCAUCGUCGAGUCCAGACCAUGCUAGUCGACAGUUGGUUGACCUUGGUUCUGGUUUUUCACCUCCCAAUAUCAACGAUGAGAAUAUUUCUAAUACGGAUGCCUAUUUGCCGCCCAGGAAAUUGCAAGAAUUUGUGUCCUCUCCUGUGGAGGAGGAUACUGGUCUCGGCUCGGGGUAUCCUGCUGACUCUCUUACCAAGGCAGUACCAGCCGGGGCACCAUCGUCAUCGACAUCAUCGCUAGCCAACAGAAUGAAGCAACUGUUCCCUUGUGAAAUGUGUCAUACCGGGGUACAGAUGGCGGCCGAUCCAGAUAAUCGAAAGGUUUUCUACCCCUGCGGUCAUGGUACUGUUUGCGCCAAAUGUGCAGAGAGGGUUAUCAUGCGACAUAUGCUAUGUCCUUCUUGCUCUUCGAGUGUCAUGCACACCUUGUCUGUCUACAUCCCCACUAAGGCUGUUACUACUUCACAGUCAUCAGCGCGGAUGGAUGAACCAACCCGAAUUGGCACAUCAAGGGUUGAACUUUAAUACUAAUCUCAUGAUAGAGAUAUCAUUUUCUGACAGUGGACCAGCAUUUAUAGUAUGCUCUACAUAGUAUCAUUUCUGUAAAAUUUACAGUAUUUGUAGUUCUCCCAGUCAUGCUGGUAUGUGUACAACGGAUGAGUGCAACAAUUCGGUGAAAUAUCCCUAUGUAGAAUGUCUAAAUUUUGUUGCUGUCGUCGUUUUCUGUCGUAGCCGCUGAGACGGUUAAUCAUCAUCCAACGAAUUGUUGAAUCGCUAACUAAUGGUCGAGCCGUCAAGGCUGUAGUCAGUGUACCUCAUGUAUUGCUUAAUCAGGUUGAUGGACCGUGAUGAAGCAUUUAUCCCCACUCUUGAAUGCUUCUAUUGCCGAGCCAUCAUGAUCGAUCAGCAAGACGUACUUGCUACAUUAUCUUAUUUCACGUCUGGCAAUACAAUCAACUGCUAGACAGCCGUAUAACACACUUCUCUAUUCUCGAAAUGAUUACCAGCAUCCGCACUAUGCUCGGUUCAUGUAAUAUCUAUCUUCGCUUGAUACCAAUCAGAUGAUGAUGAGUGACUUCGAAUGAUGUUGUGCCCUUGUUUCGUCUCCUAUUGCUUCUCUCACUUGAUGCUGAUCCGGGUGCUAUAUUGACGGCAGACUUUCUCAACCUCAUUUCAGUCCAUCAAGGACACACCGGUUCGAACUUGAAGCAUUCACAGUCUCUAUCGU